CUUUGUGUCGGCUUUGCGAACGACGUCAAAAGUGGAGUAGGCUUGGUUUCAAUGUCAACAGCAGUUAUUAGAUGGCCGCAGGAGAUGCUCUAUCGCGUGUGUAUUCGAAGAAUGAUAUGGCCGAAUGGAUAGACGAUACGGCUGCCUUGACCGUAAGAUGGAUCGAGUGCCGCGGCAAUUCCGUCGAGGCCGAAGGAGCAGAACAAUGGAAGAGCUGGCAAUGAUGCAGCCUUGCCCUUCCAUCCCACCUCUGACUGCGGGGCAGACACGCGACUUCUUCCGACUCUUCAUCCCCGACUUCCCCCGAACAUCUCCCCCUUCACGUGCAACACCACCUCACGUGCAACCACACGCACACGCAGGUCACGAUUUAUGCAAGCAACGCUUCAGCGCGCCCUACAGCCAAACCACACCAACGAUGUCAUCGUACCCCCGUUACCCUCGAGCCCGCCCAUGUCUCCGCGCCUGUCGCUGCACCCCAGACAUUCCAGCGUCGUACUGUUGGAUCAUAGCAAGCAAAGCUCGCUUCGAACCAGAGACCAAGUGCCGCUGCUCCGUCGCAGCACGCUUGCGACGUCAUUUCAUCACGGUUUCCCGUCGCUAGGGCGGACAAGACUGGUGUCGCUCAUGCCGCCAACGCGUGCAGCGUAUACGAUAAGGCUACUUUCGGGCAUUCCCCCGUGAGACUCAAGCCCAGUCCAUUCUUCCUCUCAUUGCACAAUCGCACAACAUUCUAGCCUGUUCUGUCCUUUGGACGAAGAUCGUUCCAUGUCUCCUCUCAUACCAUGAGCAUCCGUGAUUCCGACGCCUACCGCUUGCUGUGCAAAGGUCUGUUCUCUACGGAAUGAACGGGAACGAG